ACUGGCACACUGGAAAUAGAUGGAGGCCAAAAAAGGGCCCUGCCUGUCAGCCUGCACAGCACUGAGCUGGGAGAGCAGUAUCGGGCAUUCGGCAUGUACCAGGUGGUUGCCUUCUUAGCAGUAGUCAUGGGAGCCCACACUCUCAAUCUGCGGCUUCAGAAAGACUGCAUCCUCUGGCCCAACUGCUUCCCCAGCCAAGGACAGGACCCCACUGAAGAGCUGCUGAAGUUGGACUCAGUGCUCAUGCCUCCCCCAGGGGCUGACAGCCUUGCCCACCACCCAGUAUCCUGCAGGGCCAGCGAAGAUGGACCCCUCAACAGCAGGUCCAUCUCCCCCUGGAGAUAUGAGUUUCUGUCUUCCUGUUUCCCUUCCUGGGCUGCUGGCAGUGAGGGGCUGUGCCCGGUGGGCCUUGUGGAGAUGCUCAGUGCUCUGGAUCGCCGGGACCGGCCUCCUGAAGAGGGGUCAGCUGCAGGGCUCCAGGGCUUUGCUGUGGACAAGACCUUCCUCUCUUCCCUGAAAGGCAUCCUGCUGGAAACUGAGCUGGCCCUGACCUUCAUCAUCUUCAUCUGUUUCACCGCCUCCAUCUCCGCCUACAUGGCUGCGGCGCUGCUCGAGUUCUUUAUCACCCUAGCCUUCCUCUUCCUCUAUGCCACGCAGUACUACCAGCGUUUUGAUCGGCUGAACUGGCCCUGCCUGGACUUCCUCCGCUGUGUCAGCGCCAUCAUCAUCUUCCUAGUAGUCUCCUUUGCAGCGGUGACCUCCCGAGAUGGAGCUGCCAUUGCUGCUUUUGUUUUUGGCAUCAUCCUGGUUUCCGUCUUUGCCUAUGAUGCCUUCAAGGUUUACCGAACUGACAUUGUGCCCAGGGCCAACCAGGGGGACCAGCAGUGACCCCAAGGCUACAGCCAGACCAAGGGUACAGUGGAGCCCAGGCACAUCUCUCUUGGAUUCACCAACCCUCUAGCCUGCUGUCCCCCACCCCAGAUCUACAGAGAUGAAGACUGGCCUGAGAAGCCACAGGGACUUGUUUGUGGGCCUGAUGCUCUCAGAUAUGGCUCCUGAUGAAGCUGGACUGAAGAGGGGUAUUAUGGAGGGAGGAGUGGGCAGGAGAAAGCCGGUCAU